AUGAAUGGCGAAGGGCCUCAACUCAACGGCCAGCAUCUUCCGAAUGGCACCCAGUCAAUAAAGCCUCCCCCACCACCGGAAGCGAAGUUCUCCAAGUCUGUCGAUAAUGCGGCAUUGCGGCCAGCCGGACCAGGUCUUUCCAAGACCCAGAUGAAUGGUGUGUCUUCGGGCCAUCUCCCUAACGGCGCUGCGACACAUCUUCGCGGCUAUUCACCACCGCCUGAUGAGCCAUUGCAACUGGUCGACCAGGAACACUAUCUGCCCGUCGCUACAUUGGUCAGUCGAUCUGCGCAAAAAUGUUGGAACGAUCUAUACGAACUCGUUGAUCAGCUUUCUGCCAUUGAAGUACCCGCGCAGCCUGUCAACGCGCAACCCGGAUCUGGCUAUGUCCCCGCGCCGAACAACACGACCAAGGCCAACCUCGACAAGAAGGACCGGAUUUUGAAUUUCGCAAACGACCAGAAGGCCAAUCUGAUCAAGUUGAUGGUCCUGCUUCAGUGGAGCAGAAACGUUAAAGAUGUGUCCAAGACCAUCAGUCUGAACUUUUGGCUGCACCGGCAGCGUGAGCAGUACAACCUAGCCUGCUACGAGUUCUAUAUGCUCAAGACAGAAGCAACCGAAUGGCAGCUUCCAAACCCCGACAUUCAAACAGCCGGCGAAAUCCUGUCUUUGGGAAAGAAAGCGUCCUUGCCCCAUCUUGGGUACCGACCUGCAGCAAAGCUGUCCAAGAAGCAAAUCAUUUCAACACUGCGCCGGCUGAACAACCUAUUAACGGCAAGACUCACACUUGAAGACGAGAUUCCACCCCCACUGCGCAAUUAUCGUGUUCAUGAUGGGCGCGCGACCUUUAUUGUAUCAGAUGAAUUCGAAGUGGAUCUGUCAGUCUUAGAGGAAGAUCCUACAACGCCCUUUCGAAUGGUAGACCUCAGGUUCUUGUUCAGUCCACGCCCGAGCAUCUCUGAUGAACUACGGGCCGAGUUGGAGCGGCUAACGGAUACCGAGCUCAGUAAAGAUGGCCUCUCGGGAUGCUACGACUUCUUACACGACCUGACCUUGUCCAACAAGCUGGCUGAGUACCACAAACAGGCUUUGAACCUGAGUCACAAACAGUGGGCUGGACAUGUCCGAGUUGAAUUCCUCCAUCGGAAUCUCGUUGUGCAAUACUGGACCGAGCGUCCAAUGCCGAAAUCCUGGGUAGAAAUUGGUAUCUACAGUGGACGCGAUGCCCGAGACGUGACGCAAGUGAGCUCAACACUCGGGGUCCGAUGGUACCGCGAGGGCAAGAGAGUGGAGGAUUUCUCUCUGGUCAUCCGCCCGUCGACGAUCUCCUUGACGUCAAUAUUGUCUCAGCUAAUAGCUCAACAUGUUUGUUUCAUGUUGUCCUCGAUCUACGACAAGCUCCUGCCGAACAUCCUCUUCAGCUCCGGGGCUCUGGCACUGGAAGAGUCUACCUCCAACGUUCAGCCGGAAGAAUGUUCUCUGCAGAUUCAGACCACAAAAGAUUUCAGUAUCACAAUCUCCAUCAACGCUGUGACCGGGCUUGUGGUGGUAGGCCCUGCGUCAGAGAAGAGCAAUCGCCUACAAGUCGAGCUGAAUCGAAGCAAGAGUCUUGUAGAAGACUUUGUGUCCAAGUUCCUGAACUUUCGCUGCGCGAUCGCAGAGGCGCACAUACUCCGCGUCGUCAGGAACACUUCCUGGCAAGCUUUACUCGCAUUCAAGCCGACUCUUACUGAUCUACGGACGCUGUUUGGACUGUCGACGACAAGAGCCAACUUUUUUCGCCAUCCGUUCUGGUCUCAAGAAUAUGUCUUGGUGGUUGCUUAUAAACCUACCGGUGAUGCCAUCUCUAUCGUGCAAAUGCCUAGAGCAUCAACGGCUUUAGCUAGCUCCAGGAUUGUGCAUACGCAAACACUCAAAUUCAGCGAUGAUCUAUCGGCAGCCUACUUUGAAUCAUUAGCGGAGUACGCAUCUGGUGUCGUCGUGCUGGACAACAUAUCACAGCAGUUCAAACACGCUGCGUAUCGGCAUACAUUAGCUGGCAUACCGGAUUUUGGAAGCAAGUACACUCUGCCUUCCCUUGCGUUCCAAACGACGAGUCAAUCACAGAGCACGUCGGAAUCCUUGUUGGUUGAUGAUACUGCUAGAAUCCAGUUCGUGCGCGUGGAUGCUGCAAGUCAGAAAGCCAAGCUGCUGGUACAGCUCAAGACCGAUGCCCCUGAGGAAGUUUUACACCGUCUCCGGGCUUCAAGCUCGGAAACGCGAUUCGAAUUCACACCAAAAGAUCGUCAAAUUGCGUUCCAGCUGCAGAUCCAGAUUGGCGGAGCCGGCGCCAACGACAUUAUCCAAGAUGUCCGAAGAUUGAGCGAUGUUGUCUCGAGUGUGCAAUUCAUGGAGACGCUUUCGAAUGUACGACUUGUAUCGACGUCGAUGCGGACCAUGGUUCUGGCGUAUCACUUCAAUGGAUCAACGGAACGCGAGCUUCAAAUUCAGUUUCCCAGUGGCACCAACCCUCCUCGAGUGGAGUUCGUUCCUCGGGACAGCAACCCGCACGCGUGCCUGCAAUUCUCUCUAUCGCAGAUGUUGCAAGAUCCACGACAGCCGUUUGCUUUGCAUCUGAUAGAUAUGAUGUCUUUAUUGGCACUCGUCGACCCCAUGAUCAUGUGCUUGCAUGAGCUCGUACAAUCUAAUUCCAGCGAGCGGUCAUCAUCCAAGGUCCGAAUACAUCUACUUGUACGGCAACCGACUAUGUUUGCUCUGCAGUACUAUGCCGCCGACCCAAAGGGCCCCGCCGACGUUUCCACGAUGAACGUGAAUUCCAGGCUGUUAGCACGUUUCGAGAUUUUGCCAUUCCAGCAUGAGAAGAGUGCCUUUAUCCUACGACCAGCCCUCGAAGAAUUGAAGUCAUAUCAAAGACCUUCGUUUACAUCGGACGUGAUGCGCGCCAAGCUGAAGGAGGCGCUUUUCCAAAUGGCUGAGACUAGCCCCGACUGGCUGCGACUCGAUACAGCCGCUGCAUUUCUUGCAGAUCGACCGAAGCCAAUCUUCGAGGCAUUGCAUAAGUUGAUGGUGGAUAUCGUCGAACAUCCGCAGAAACUGGUCGCCGAAGAUGCCGCAAACGUACAGGAUCCGAAGACGAACCAGACACCUAUUCAACCUCCGGCAAAGGCCAGUGGCAACAACACACAGAAACCUGUGCCGAAGACACCUCAGCAGAACCAAAGGCAGGUGCCGAAUGGCGCUAAUCAGCAGCAACAGCGGCCACGGCCGAACAACAAGCCAGCGAUGGAUACGCAAGGUAAAGAGGUAAUCACCUUGGAUUGA